AUGCCCAUAAAAUGUGGAGAUCCUGGCAUGUUCUACAUUCCAUGUGUAAUAGGAACCAUGAAGGUGGAAAAGGCAAUGCUCGACUUAGGGGCAUCCAUCAAUGUUAUGCCCUUAUCCAUGUACCAGGACCUGGAGAUAGGACCGCUGAAGCCUACCCGAGUGGUGAUCCAACUAGCAGAUCGAUCAAAUGUCUACCCAGAGGGGAUAUUGGAAGACGUUUUGGUCAAAGUGGAGGAACUCAUCUUUCCUGCGGAUUUUUACAUUCUCGACAUGGGGAAGUCAAAAGCACGAGAUCCGGUCAUACUUUUGGGCAGACCAUUUCUAAAGACUGCCAGGACUCGCAUUGAUUGUGAUACGGGCAAGCUAACAUGUCAGUUUGAAGGGGAAACGGUGACCUUCGACAUAUACAAUGCCAUGAAACAUCCAGCCGAUACAGAGAUGGUGAAAAGUGUCGACAUGAUCGAGAAGGUUGUUGAGGAGGACUUGCAAGAGGAGCAUUUGCAAGAGGCGGUGAAGAUACUUAAUGCGUGGAGCGAAGAGGUCAACCACACUGAAGCACUGAAAAUCCCCACCCCGAAGGAAGAAGACCGACUUGUUCCAUCAAUCCAAAAGGCACCCAAGCUCGAGCUGAAGUCUUUGCCCAAACACCUCAAGUAUAUCUUCUUGGGCGAGGACGACACUUUACCCGUAAUCAUCAAUUUAGAGUUGACACUCGAAGACGAGAACAAAGUCAAGAUGACUUUGGGGAAGUACAAGGAAGCAAUUGGAUGGACCCUAGCCGACAUUAAGGGCAUAAGCCCUACUGUAUGCAUGCACCGCAUAUUACUAGAGAAAAGAUGCAGUCCCAGUCCGACCCCCAGAGAAAGCUCAAUCCAGCCAUGA